AUGGCGGGCAAGGUGGGGCGCACGUCCACUGCCGCCAAAGGCUCAAAGCAAAGCAAAGAACACAAUGGCAUCUCCGACCACUGCCGCAGCGCUCCUAGUCGUCCUCGCCUUGCUGGCCCCGCCUGCGACGUCCGCAUGUUCGGCGGCGGACCGCGACAUGCUGCUGUCGAUCCGCGCGGCGCUGUCGGAGGACUGGAGGAGUGGCUGGGCGUGUUCUCGACGUGGACGGGGACGGACUGCUGCGCGGGCUGGUACGGCGUGGCGUGCGACCCGACCACGGGGCGUGUGGCGGACCUCUCCCUGCGCGGGGAGGUCGACGACGUGCCCUGGCUGAGCCCCGGUCGCGGCCUCCUCUCCUCCGAUUUGAGUAGCUCCCUGCUCUUGCUUUCCAAUUCUGCUUGUGCCAAUCACAACUUGCCUUGUGCUGAUCACAACUUGUCUGAUGCUACCACCGGACAACACCAUGCCAAUUCUGCUUGUGCCAAUCACGACUUGGCUUGUGCUGAUCACAACUUGGCUAUUGCCGAUCACAACCUGGCUAUUAUUCUCGUCUAUCUGUAUGAUUGCAUCAAUUGUAUCAUGAAGGAAGCUGAGUUGAUCCUUGAGUGGCUGAGGUUGGGGUUUGGUCCCUACGGCUUACAUCAUGACUUGAGCCAUGGCAUUCGUAACCGGGUGUUUUGUCUCAUUAAGAAGUAUUCGCGUGCAGAUCCGUGUUCUGCUUCUGUUGCUACCUGUGCUGUGCUGUUGGGAAUCACGAAAGAGUCUGAGCUUGUCUGUAAGAAGCUGAGGCAAGACGAUGAUAUCUUAGGUGGAGAGAAUACCUUGAGUUUAGAUAUUUGCACGUCGGCCUUGGAUAUGUUGGCUAGUGAUAUGGAUGAAUAUGUGCUUAAGAGGGCUAGAAUUGAUGGCUUUUGCUAUAGGAUUCACUUUGACCCAGCUUCAGCAGACAUACUUACCUGGCAUGAAAAGGAAUGGCGACAUAGCAAGGCUCAAGAUACCGAACUGGGUAAAGUGCACGUUGAUGGUGCUCAUGAGCUAAUAAAGGAAAAUCAUGCAACCAAAAACAAGCUGGAAGAGGAUGUGACAGUCAACGGCAUAACCAGAGGCUCUCAUGAGUUAAGUAAGGAAAAUCAUUCGACCAGAAACAAGCUGGAAAAGGAUGUGACAGUCAACGGCAUAACCAGAGGCUCUCAUGAGUUAAGUAAGGAAAAUCAUUCAACCAAAAACAAGCUGGAAGAGGAUGUGACAGUCAGUGGCAUAACCAGUGGCUCUCAUGAGUUAAGGAAGGAAAAGCAUUCAACCAAAAAGAAGAUUUGA